AUGUUGCUUCUUCUAUUACUGAGUUCUCUUCUUCUCUUGAUUCUAAUCUAUAUCAAAAUAAAGUAUUUUACACUUCGUAAUGAUUUACCUGGCCUAUCACCACAUUUAUUUUUCGGCAAUUUAAUACAAGUCGGUUUAUUAUUCGGUACAAAGGCAGCGUCCGAAGUCUAUAUAUCACUCAAAGAAAAAUUCGGCGACAUUUAUCAAUACUGGAUAGGUUUCGUACGGCUUAUUGUCGUCCAUGAUAUCGACGAUGUCCAGUAUAUUUUUACUCAUCGAAGUAUCUAUGAUCAAGGGCAAGUAUUUAUCGAGAAAUUUAGUGUUCUCAUUCCCGAAAGUAUCAUUUGCAAUAUCGGAGCGAAGUUCAAACGGCAUGGCGCAAUAACAAUGCCGUUAUUUCGUCGAAAUAAGAUCACUGCAAAUCUAAAUCUUAUAGUCGAUGCCACCGAUAAAAUUUUGGAUAGAUGGCGUGCUAAACCAUCUGAAUUUAUCCAUAAAGACAUUGUCGAACAAUCUCAAAAUCUUCUGCUAGAAAUUUUCGGCUUAAUCGCCUUCGAUUAUAACUUGGAAACUAUCGAUGAGCAACAUUCAGACAAGGCAAAUGAAUUGACACAAGCAUUACAAGACGUUAUGAGUAUAUUCAGAGUUAUUAUUUAUAGUCCAAGGCUUGUAUCUACAACGUAUAUGAAAUGGAAUUCGAAAUAUCGACGAGCACGUCAAAUUGUGGAACGAUACCUUUCAAAUAUGAUGGAACAAGAACUAAAUGAAAAUCCACAAUGGAGAGAGGAAAGAAAGAAGACAUCAUUAAUCGCCUCGCUCGUUCAUUCGUUACAAAUGGAUGAAAAAAUAGAAGCACAAAAACAAGAAGAAGAUAAAAAAGGUUUAUCGCGUAGCGAAGUCUUUGAUGAGAUGCUUCUAUUUCUAAUUGCUGGUUAUGAAACGACGUCAACAGCACUUUCUUGGUGUAUUUAUCAAUUGAGUAAAUACCCGAAAAUUCAAGAAAAACUUAAGAUAGAAAUCAUGUCGAAAACAAAUGGUCAAUAUAUAACCUUAGAACACAUCGAUUCAUUGAGUUAUUUGGAUUGUUUCAUCAACGAAGUGUUUCGUUAUUCCCCAACGAUCGAUGGAACCAGUCGAGCUGUAAUGGUCGAUGAUCGUCUACCUAAAACUGGUGUGCAAUUAUACAAGGGUGAUCAAAUUCUUCUUCCCACAUCGGCUCUUAGUCGAGAUAAACGCUACUGGAAAAUUGAUCCGGAUUUAUUUUAUCCAGAGCGGUUUCUCAAUGAAGAUAAAGAUCAUAAUCCAUACGCGUUCUCGCCCUUUGGUGGUGGACAUCGACAGUGCUUAGGACAAGAUUUAGCGCGAUUUGAACUCAAAGUGAUAGUAGCUCGUAUGUUACAACAGGUGACAUUUGUCGAUGGCGGACAAGAGGUGAAUAGCGGUGGAUACGUUCAGAAAUUAACUAUAUUACCGAGACACAUUGGAAUUGUUAUUCAAUUCAAUUGA